AUAUUCUUAUACCACUGUCGCUGUCUCUGAGAGCCAAAGAAAAAUACAAACUUCUUGAGAGAGAGAGAGAGAGAGAGAGAGAGAGAGAGAGAGAGAAUGGAGAGACCAGUAACAACCGUUUCUGUAAUGGAGGCAUUUGAGAAACUAGAGAAGGUAGGAGAGGGAACUUACGGGAAGGUGUACAGAGCAAGAGAGAGGGCAACCGGCAAGAUCGUUGCCCUCAAGAAGACUCGUCUCCACGAAGAUGAUGAAGGAGUCCCUCCCACCACUCUGCGUGAGGUCUCCAUCUUGCGUAUGCUCUCUAGGGAUCCUCAUGUAGUCAGAUUGAUCGAUGUCAAACAAGGUUUGAACAAAGAAGGGAAGACCGUACUAUAUCUGGUUUUUGAGUACAUGGACACUGAUCUUAAGAAAUUUAUCCGAAGUUUCCGCCAAACUGGAGAGAAUAUUCCAGUGAAAACUGUUAAGAGCUUGAUGUAUCAACUGUGCAAGGGAGUUGCUUUCUGUCAUGGGCAUGGAAUCUUACACAGGGACCUUAAGCCUCACAACCUCUUGAUGGAUAGGAAGACAAUGAUGCUUAAGAUUGCAGAUCUUGGACUAGCUCGAGCAUUUACUCUUCCUAUCAAGAAGUAUACUCAUGAGAUAUUGACCUUAUGGUACAGAGCACCUGAAGUCCUGUUAGGGGCUACCCAUUACUCAACUGCUGUGGACAUGUGGUCUGUGGGUUGUAUAUUUGCUGAACUGGUCACAAAGCAAGCACUUUUCCCUGGGGAUUCUGAACUGCAACAGCUCCUGCAUAUUUUCAGGUUCUAUUUCUGUCCCUUUAAUGUAGUAGCAACGUCUUUUUCCUGCUUUCUGCUAGGCCUUCUCUUAUUCUUUUUUAUACUUGGAUGCAGGUUAUUAGGUACCCCAAAUGAGGAGGUAUGGCCGGGGGUAAGCAAACUGGUCAACUGGCAUGAGUAUCCCCAGUGGAGUCCCCAGAGUCUGUCAUCAGCUGUUCCUAAUUUGGAGAAGGAUGGGUUGGAUCUAUUAGCACAAAUGUUGCAGUAUGAACCUUCAAAGCGUAUCUCAGCAAAGAAAGCUAUGGAGCAUCCUUACUUUGACGAUCUGAACAAGGCUAUUCUCUAAAGAAACACAGCAAUCUUGUUCUUAUUAUGUUUCAGGACCAGCAAUGGAAAUUCUCUAUUGAAAAUCUAUUUGCUUCCCUCGAGCAUACCUCGGUGAUGUUAUUGUCUUGUAACAGUUGAUUUAACUUUGCAAUCUAAGUCUAAUGAUAUGACUGUGUUCCAAUUCCA